UUGUGUUGUGUGUGAGCUGCUGUCCCCAGCUAGUGAUCGUGUCCCCUCUCAGGGAGGCAGCUCCUGCACAGCCUUUCAUUGACAAUAUAUACUAUCCUAUGGUAUCUGCUCGAUAUAGACAGCAUUCACUAAAAAUGCCAGGAUACAUCCCCACCUCUGCUCAGCAUCCAGCAAAUCCUUAUAUUAUAUCACCAAAAGGCACUAUGCAAACCUUUCGAUUUCAGCCACGUAGAGAUGGAAUAGAUUGGAGGCGUUUCAGUGCAAUUGAUGUAGAAAGGGUGGCCCGUGAAAUGGACGUAUCCACACUCCAGGAGAACAUCAGUUCAAUAACAUUCUGUAAUUUGGAUGGAGAAAAGUGCCCAUACUGUCAGCAGCCAGUGGAUCCAGUGUUGCUGAAGGUCCUCAAAAUGGCUCAGUUCACUAUUGAGUACCUUCUGUGUUCCCAAGAGUACCUGAGCAGCGCCGUGGCACAACUGGAAGAGAGAGUGGUGGAGGCAGAUACUGAACAUCAGAAGACUAAGGAUGAGAUGAUGAAACAAGCUGAGGAGCUGAAAAUGGUUAAAGAGGAGAACAAGAGAAGGAAGAAACUGAUAGCUACACAGCAAAUGCUGCUGCAAGCCGGAGCUAACAAUUAUCACAAGUGUCAGCUGUGUGACAAGGCCUUCACGAACUAUUCAUAUCUACAAGGACACGUUCAGCGCAGACACCCUGAGAUCACGGAGGCUGAGAGAGAGAAGAAAAAACAGGUGGCGCACAUGGAAGAUGGUAUUGAGGAAUUAAAGAUAAAGCUGCAGAAGACACAAGCUCAGCUCGAGGAAGAGAGGGAAAUGGAACAAAAGCAUAGGAAACAGGAGAUGGAGGAAGUCAAUCGUCGAGAGGAACAUAUGAAGAGGGACUUUGAGAGAUGGAAAGAGGAGGAGAGAUUUAAGUUCCAAGAAGAGAUGGUCAAAAUGAGGCAGCUGUUUCUCGCUCAGAUUCAGGACAUUACCAUUAAGAAUUCCACCUUUGAAAGUAGGUUUCAGGAUCUUGAGACUUAUAAGUCCAAGUCUUCUAGUCUUGGAAACCUGGAAGAUGAAGACGAUAGACGUGCACGCCAAAAGAUGCAGGAAGAACUGCGGCGUCUGAGAGAUGAGAUAGAGCAACAACAAGCAGAAUGGAAAAAGAAGUUGAAAGAGACAAAAAGGGAUUACAAUAUAGAAAAGGAUGAGCUUUUGAAUGAGAAUGAGCGACUAAGGGCUUCCUUGUCCAAUGAUCAGAAGACUAGAGAUCAGCAGUUUGAUCGCCAAAUUCAAACAUUAAGAUCACAAAUAAAGGAUCAGAGCCAACUCAUUAAGACACAUGAGCAAACUAUAAGGAAUUUAUCUUCAUUUAAAGAAGUACCAAAAGUGGUUUCAACAGUUGGAUCAGCAAGACCAGAUGACUCAUCCGAAGAAGAACCUGAUACAACUCUGGAUCAAAGUCUAAAGCACAUCCAUGAUCUACGAAUGAACAGCGAAUUUAUUCGCCAGUUUCGCCCUAUCCUGGAAGAGGCCUUGAUAGAAAAACUUGAAAGUAUGGGGGUAAAAAAGGGUGCGAAAGGAGUUCCUUCAGCUACACACAAGGGCUUAACAGCCCUCCUAGCAAAUCAACUGGAUCAAAAGUUAAGAAAAUUUCCUGAUAUCCAAACUUUAAGGCUCAAGCUGAGCAAAGAGGUUACAAAAAAAGUGAAGCAGUGGAGAAAGGAGGAGGACAACUUUCAACUGAGCACUUCCCUGCAUUCUGCUCAAAGUCUAAGUAGCCCACGGGGUGUUUUGACUUCUGAACAGAAGAUGCCCAAGGCCAGAAAUGUGCAGGUGGUUGAGUCCCGGGCAGAUAUCUCUAAAGUACCUGUUCCUUCUCCACGGACAAAAGUAAUAGAAAACCAGAACACGUCCAGAAUUACUAAUGUUGCUCCUCCACCACCGCCAAGUCGGACUCCUCCUUUCACUUCUGAAGAGGAUACAUCAUUAUACAGUCCAACACGUCAGGCUUCCCCAAGGCAGAAGUCCAUAUUACAAGCUCAGGCAGAAGAAGACAGUGAUGACUGGUCAGAUUUUGAUACAUCACUUGAUAAACCCAAAUCUGUGACCUUUUCUACAGGAAUAGGUACUCAAGGAACAAUGGUCCAGUCUCUAACAAAAAGCUUAGAAAGGCAGCUGUCUGAGCAAAGGCGGAAACCAGUAGGAGGAAUUGAUAUUGUGAAUGCCCAAUCAAGAAAGUCGCCAAACAAAUCAAAAACAAUAGAAAAGUUGCAGCUUUCAGAUGAAAGUGACUCUGAAUUUUCAUCUCUGGAAGAGAUCACUGAGAAUCUGGGCGUCAAUGAAAAAAAGCCUCAAACAGCAGUGCGUCAUAGUACCGAUUCAGCUGGGUCCCAGGGCACAAGUCUCUGGAGCUCAGGCAGUAUUAAAGCUGGAGUAUGGUAAUUUAUUAGGGCCUUAAUAACCGGCAAUAAAUCCAUCCUCCAUCCAGGACGUUCUUCUCUCUGUGAUUCUCUUAACUUACUUUAUUGAUGGAUUCUAAAUAUGCCAUUAUCUAUAUAAAUAUAUAUGUACAUAUGAAAUAAUUCUUAUUUUACAGUUUUUUAUUUAUAUUGUUGAUUAAGAGGAGGCUUACAUGAAUAAAACAAUAAGAAAAUAAUAA